UAGGCUGUAGUAUACACAGCGACACGAGCCGACCAAUACAUCAUACACAAUAUAGAUUUUACUGUCAGACGUAUGCAUCUGUUGCCAUGCUGUAGUGGUGAAGGACACAUUAUAUCAAAAUAUAUAUGCUGUAGCUGACCAUGACAGGACAAUGGCGGGCGGUUGUGUUGUUUUUCAACAGUUUUAUGGUGCUUGGGACUAUUUUUGUCGUGGACACGCCGACUGCGCUACAACACGAGGUUAUCAACAGUCCAGAUAUCACAAGUGCUGGAGGUAAUUCAAGCAAUACAACAUCAGAUAAUGGUUGCAAGGUGUGUCUAGGUUUAGGAGCGGUCCGGUAUAACCUCUUGCACUCCUCACUACGAUGGACGUCAGCGAUCCUGAGUCUACCCGUUGGCUAUCUGAUAGAUAGACUCGGCAAUGGUCGUUCGGCUAUCCUGUUGGCUUCGCUCCCAUUCCUAGGGUCGGUCCUGUUCGCCGCGAGUGCUGUGUCACAUACUCCAAUAACUCUGGCCAUGUAUAUAGUGAUGGUGAUAGGGAGGAUUCUACUGGCGUUUGGUGAAACUCCUCUCUGUUUUGUCCAGGGUCGAGUUGUCGCCCAUUGGUUCUCAGAAGAAUCCCUUUUGCCCCUAUCCUUCAUAAUACUUAGUCAACGUGGAGGCUCGAUGCUUACAUUCUUCGUCUCAGCAACUAUUGCGGAUAAACUUGGAUUUGGAGUCGCAAUAUGGAGUGGAACAUGUCUUUGUGGACUGGGUGUUGUAUCAGCGAUCUUUCUAGCGUUGACUCUCCGGAAAGUCCAGACGAAUCAGAACUCUCAGAAAACCGAUAUAAAUUAUACCACGUUAGCCGAUAUAAAGGCCGUCCCUAGAACAUUUUGGGUGCAUGUAUGCAUGAUUGCUUUGUUAUAUGGACAAAUAAUAAGUUUUCAUGCAAACUUACCUGAAUAUCUACUGUUACAAUACGGAUUCUCUGCAACAACUUCAUCCUACAUCACCGGUUGUGCCAUAUUACCUUUCCUUGCGGGUCCUCUCGUUGCUAUUGCCUUGAGUAAAACUCAUUGCAUUGGAGUUUUAGUGACUUGUGCAGCAGCAGUAAUUAUACCGUUGCUCGCUUUAUUAGGAUUUUGUCCAUCCGUUCAUCCACUUAUUCUUACAAUUAGUUUUGGACUCGCAAAUUGUGUUACUGAGCUGGGUAUGUGGCAAGUAGCGGUAUUAUUGGUGCCUAGUUCUUGUUUUGGAACUGUAACAGGGAUUAUGUACUUCGGACGGAAACAUCGUCGUAGGACUUACUUUACUUCUGGACGGAUAUUUACUACAGAAAUACAACAUACGGGGAAAUGAACACCCAUUAGAGGGAUAUCAUGAUUUCUUCCUGGCGUUGGUAAUCCUGACGUCACUGUCUGUCCUCUGUGGUAUACUACUGAACGUUCUGGAUAUUAGAGACACAUGUGCAAUAAACCAACUUAUAGGGAGGUGGAAAUACAAGACUGGCGAAAACAUAAAGUUAUUGCAGACAGGUGAAAAUACAGAGAGGACAAAUAAGGAUACACCUGGACCUCACGUCACGAAUACAGAACAAGAGGAGGCUGAAAAUAUAACUGGACAGGAGGGACAAGAAACGUUAAAAAUAAUAAACGGCUAAUGUCCGAAAUGACCCAUUGAUAACAUUCCAGGCUAUAUGAUUGAAAUACACAUAAUGUUAAGUCUGUCUUAAAUGUAUUGUCAUCAAUUCUGUAAUUGCACCCUCGGGUCUGUUAAAUUGAGUAAACAAUUAAUAAAUAAA